AUGUCUAACAACCCUGCAGCUGAAGCUCAAGCACCACAGGAUAUACAAGGAGAUGGCAGAUGGAUGAGUCUGCACAACGCAUUCCUGCAUGAUGCCAAAGAGAAAGAGCCAGAGGUUGUCUUGAUAGGUGACUCACUGAUUGCCAACUUGUCGCAGUCAAUGCUAUGGAAACAGAUGUUUGAACCUCUUCACUGCCUCAACUUUGGUAUUGGAGGAGACAGAACUCAGCAUGUCUUGUGGAGAGUUCUCAAUGGAGAAUUAGACCAGGUUCAGCCUAAAGUGAUUGUCUUACUGGUCGGCACCAACAACUUUGAUGACACUGCCGACCAGGUCACUGAAGGAAUUAUGGUCAUUGUAAAGGCCAUCCGAGACAGACAGCCCUCCACGAAUCUCAUAGUUUUGGGAUUGUUACCUCGAGGUGAAAAGCCCAAUAAGCUACGAGACAAACAUUCUGCCAUUAACAAACGUCUGGCCGAAGAGUUAUCAUCCCUGCCCCAGGUCACAUUCCUAAAGGUCGAUGAGAAGGAGUUUCUGACCAGCGAGGAGACCAUCUCCCGAGAUGUGAUGUACGACUUUCUCCACCUCACAUCUGAAGUUGGCUACCAGAAAUUAUGUGAACCCCUUCUAGAGGAGAUACAAAAUCUCUUGGGCACAUUCAUUAAAGUCAGUAGCACAUCGUACGAGACUUCCUCCAUUGCUGGCGAUCUUGCGGGAAACUAA